AUGUCAAUGAUUGUUUGUAAAUAUUUCUGUGUUUUUCUUCUUAUGCAGGCCACAGCGUUUCUUCUCGAUAAACUUCACAUUAUUCUCGCCAAAUCUCCAAAGGAAGAAAUCAAGUCUGAAGUACUUCCCAUGGUCUUCAACACACUGGAUUCUAAUUCCCUACAGGGCCAGGAAGCAGCACUGAAUACUAUCGCCGUCAUCAAAGAAUACGUGGAUGACCAGGUGAUUAAGAAGAUUGUGCUACCGAGAGCGAAGAACCUGUUCGCGAGAUCAAGCAACGUUAAAAUGAAGAUCAACGCGCUGACCUGUAUCAAGAAAUUGCUGGACAGUCUAGACAAGAUGAUUAUUCUAGACGAAGUCCUACCUUUCCUCACCGAGAUCUCUUGUCAGGACGCUGAGGUGGUCAUGAGUAUCGUCGGUAUUUAUAGUCAUCUUCUAAGUAACAAACGUUUUGGCUUAACGCAUAACCUCGUCGCAACCAAAGUCAUGCCGCCUUUGAUUCCACACACCGUCAACCCUGGCCUUACAAUGGACCAGGUAGGGGGCGGCAGCAGAGGCAGCGGCGGUAGCGGUAGUGGCGGUGGCAGCGGCGUCGGCGACGGCGGCGUCAGCGGCAGCGGCAGCCGCGAGAGCGGCGGCGGCGGCAGCGGGAGCGGCGGCGGCGGCAGCGGGAGCGGCCGUAACGGCAGCGACAGUGAUGCUGGUGUUGGUUGUUG